UCCAAGCAAUUCUCUAUUCCUCUCAAAUUCUCUCUUAAACCUUUAAAACAAAUUUUGGAUCCCAUUUAACUCUCAUAAAAUCUCCCAUCAAUAAUUCACAUAUUUAUAAACCAAAUCUUAUUGAUUGAAGGAAUAAAAUUGUUGUAUUAUAUUUUAUUGGUAGAAAUAAUGGCUAGGACGACUGAGGCUAAUAAUACAAGAGGAAGAUCGAGAAGAGGAAUAACACAUGCAGAUUUGGCUCCAAAACCAAGAGGUCUUCAUCUUUCCAGUAAAACAGGAGCUCUUCUUACUAUUCUUUGCAUCCUCUCCGGUCUUCUUUGCUUCAUACUCUCCCUUUUUGCUGAAGCCACUCGCUCUCAGGUGACGUGGGUGCUAGCAAAUAAUAAAGGGCAUAAGGGAAAAGAAGAAUACGAAUGCAUGUAUAGUGGAAAUGGAAAAGUGCCGUUAAUAUGUGCAUCCGUUGCAUUUGUAGUACUAGCCAUUGCAAUGCUUGUUCAGCAUUCAUUUAUGCUAAUUGCAAUUAGUAAGACUUCUCAUCCUGUUUAUAUUAGUUGGGACCCCCAAUCUUCUAGACCUAUGAAGUCUCUUACUUGGCAAGCUGGUGCUUUUUUCAUCUCUACUUGGAUUUGCUUUGCAGUUGCGGAGAUAAUGCUAUUGAUAGGGCUAAGUGUAGAAUCAGGUCACCUAAAAGAUUGGUCAACUCCAAAUUCAAGUUGCCUAGUCAUUCGAGAAGGAGUUUUCACAGCUGCAGGAGUAUUUGCUCUUUUAUCAGUCUUCUUGGCAGCUGGUUUAUACGCCACAGCAUUAAGAAUCCAAUGGCUUGGCCAACACCAAGAGAUUGUUAGACAAGAGAUUUUGGAAGCCUCUUCCUUAUAUGCAUCUCCUCCUAGAUCUCCCCAACAUAAUCGGACGGCUCAAGAUGCAUCGACUAAUGUCCUUAGCCAAGAUCAAAGAGUCCAAACACCUACAUUGCCUCAAGAUCAAAGAAUCCUAAAUAAUAAGGAAAGUUGUUUAGUAUGAAGAUGUUGAAGAUCACAAUGUGUUUGACAUUGUUAUACUUAAAAAGGGAAAUUUUAUACAUACAUAAUUUAAAUUGUAAAUGCAUUUUUAAGAGUGUAAAUAUAAAUUACAAGAAUUUUUUCUCACAUAUUCAACCAAUACUUUUUUUGUUGUUGAAAACAAGCAAGUUCAUGCAAUAUUUGUGACUUUGUUCUUGUGCAUGAACAAUGAAUAUACUUUGUUUUCG